CUGCGGGCGGGGCCCGGGCCACUGGCCGGCGACUGGGGCUGGAGCGCGCCCGACCGGGGUGGCUCGGCUUGGGAGCAUAGCUUCCUCAUUCUCUGGGCUCUGGUUCCCACCGAGGCGGGCGCUGCGAUCCUGCCAGGUGUGCGAUCCGUUUAAGGGCCCUACACAUGUGCAGCCAUGCACGGCCUUGCCACUCUCCUGCUCCUCCUUCUGGCGGGCCAGGCUGAGGCCUUUCGUAUCUGCGCCUUCAAUGCCCACCGGCUGACACUGGCCAAGGCGACGAGGGAGCAAGUGAAGGACACCUUAGUACAGAUCCUGGCUCGCUGUGACAUCAUGGUACUGCAGGAGGUGGUGGACUCCUCCAACAAGACCAUCUCCUUCCUGCUGCAAGAACUCAGACGCAAAUUUGAUGGCUCCCGGUGCUAUGGCUUCCUCAACAGCUCACAGCUCGGGCGCAGCACGUACAAGGAGAAGUAUGUGUACAUCUACCGGUCCGACAAGACCCAAGUCCUGAAUUUCUACCAGUAUGAAGACAAGGAUGACCUAUUUGCCCGGGCACCCUUUGUGGCCCAGUUCACUUUGCCUAGCAAAAUCCUUCCCAGCGUGGUCCUGGUCCCACUGCACACGACCCCAAAGGACGUGGAGAACGAGCUGAACGCCCUCCAUGAAGUGUUCCUGGAUGUCGCCCAGCGCUGGCAGAUCAAGGAUGUCAUCCUGCUUGGGGACUUCAAUGCCGACUGCGCCUCACUGGCCAAAAAGCGCCUGAGCACACUGCUGCUGCGCACUGAGGCGGGCUUCCGCUGGGCCAUCGCCGACGGUGAGGACACCACGGUGCGGGCCAGCACCAACUGCACUUACGACCGCAUCGUGCUGCAUGGCGAGGCCUGCUGGGGGCUCAUCCGCGCCUCUGCCGCCUUCAACUUCCCCCAGAGCUUCCGGCUCUCCGAGGAGGAGGCCCUCGGCAUCAGUGACCACUACCCAGUGGAGGUGGAGCUGGAUCAGGCGCCACACCGUGUGCAGCCCCCCAGCCUGGCCACCCUGCUGCUGCUGUCCCUGCUGCUGCCUCUCCUGGGCCCUCAGUCAAGCACGGUGCCCGACUCAAACCCUGGCCUCUGUCCCCCUACCUGGGGCCGAAGCAACCCCUGAGGGGCUUUCAUCUGUGCCCCCCUCAUUUGCCUGUUUAGGUUGGCUUGCAUGGUUUAGUUGGGUUGAAGCUGGGAGCCAGGCUGGACCCUGGCCAGCCCCUCAGGCAGUCAGUGUGGGAAGGGGCAGGAUCUCCACCUCUCCCCUCAGCCAAACCCUGCAGGGCUCUCAAGUCUAUGAUUAAAGGAAAACCAACACCCUGGGAGCAAAGCCCAACUGGAGGGAUAAGGCUCGUGGAGCGCUCCCUUUGUUGUGCACAGGGCUCACGGGUUAAGCGGGUAAGACACAGGACGAGCUAAGGGCCCCCAAAAGCCCACCCACCCCACUGUCCUGCAACAAGGGUAGCCUAUGAGACACAGUGCUGGGCACAAGGAGCAGUGCCAAGGCUGUUUACAAGCUGACAGAUUGGAAAACCUAUCUAUAACCUAGAGCAAGGUCAAAAAUAAAGGUAAUCUUCAACACUGGAAAUA